UUCAAUCAGACAGACAUUGAUAAUUUAAGAUUAUUUCUCCGUUUGUUCUUUCAGCCCCCUCACGAGAAACAGAGACGGUAAUGAAUGAAUGGAACGGUGAUGUAAGUGCAUGGAAAGGAGUGAUAAAGAGUGCUGCUCGAAGGAGAGAAAACGAUCAACUGAAGCAUUGCCCCCCCCCCUCCCCUCUUGCUUCAGCCAUCUGAUGUCAUGCCUGCGUUUCCAAGGGCAACCGGGCCAGCGACGAGCACUAGCUGGUGAGAGGAGAUCAGAGUGCACAUGAACAAGAUGGACAGAGAGAGAACAAAAGGUUCUGCGCUUCUACAUUGUGAUGCCUCACUCGAAGAGUGAAGCGCUCUCUUUGCGAGACAGCAGUGCUUCGGUUUCAUGCGGAUUACCAGGAGGAGGAGGACACGACAUGACUGCCUGCUAUCAGCAGCUAUCAGCAUCAUCGCAGGGAGGCAGCCCGGGCCAAUCCCCUCGCUCACACACUCAUGAGUCAGGCAGCCAAUGAGCUGGCGGCAUGCUGCUCCCCACCACGGCGGCAAAGGACGCGGAGGGAGCAGAAGGCAGUCUCCAAUCUCUUAUUAAUGAAUGGAGUGUAUUCCACACUGCACACUCCGCUGCCUCUUGCUCACACGGCUUUAGUCGCUCUCCGCAAUGAUUCAGGAGAGCUGAAAACCAUCCACAAGAGCAGCAGCAGCAGCAGCAGCAGCAGCAGCGGCGGUAAGGACGGCAGGAGGCAAGCUCAGGCUCGGCUAACAACAAAGCAAUGAGUGAGGAAGAGGACGACAACAGGAUGGACGUUGUCAGGGAACCAACGAGGCACGCCGACACUGAUUCCGACGAAGAAACGAUGGAGGACGAGGACGCCUCGGCCGCCCCCGUGUGCAUCGUGGACCCCCACCCACACAUCACCCCGCCGGAGGCCCCUUGUGCCUCUUCGAUGUCCUCCGCCUCCACCUCGCACCAGGUGGAGGACGCUCUCCUCACCCUGCCGCCGUCCGUCUCGGCCACCGCCCUGCUGGGCAUGGUGUCCCCGGCCACCCGGCGCUCCAUCUCCAUGGGGGACUUCCGGCGGGUGUCGGCGGCGCUGCUGUCCCGGUCGGAGCCCCCCUCCGCCUCGGCCACGGCGCCCUCCUCCAAGCUGGUCACCCCCAGCUCCAGCAUGGAGUUCCAGGCGGCGCGGCGGCGGCUGCUGGAGGUGGAGGAGCGCCAGCGGGUCAUCCACGAGAUGGAGCGCCGGCUGGAGGAGCUGAGGCAGGUGUUUGUGCGGUCCGAGCAGGAGGUGGUGGUGCACGGGGAGGUGGUGUCCCGCAUCUCCGGCGCCGCCCAGCAGGGGGAGCUGUGUGUGACGGAGAACACCCAGCGGGUGAAGAAGGGCCUGAGGUUCAAGAAGCACCGGCCCACCAUCAUCUUCUCCUCCAUGCUGGGGCUGCGCACGUGCCUUCCGUGGCCCGUCAAACUCAAAUAAAGCGGGAGAGGCGGGAGAUGGUGUCUCUCACUGUGCCCUACAGUGCUCGCGCCCCACCUCUGAGGGGCUUUACGGAUCAAAUGAAUGCGUCCCACCAUUACUUGCUUGGCUCCACGCUCAUGGACAUGGCUGCUGCUUUUUUCUCUUCCACCCUCCUCGCUCUCCUAGGCUGGGGCUGGCCCCUGGGCGUCUCUUGUAGUGCCUCCUACAACUACUGCUGUUGCUUGCUAGUGAGCAGCUGCCUUAUCAGCACACGGGCGUCAUGGUGCAUCUCAUUGAAAAUGCACUGACCUGACGAGCCAUCUGACAAAGUGACCAAACGUCAAUGUCUUCAAUGUCCUCACUGGGUUUUUGUUUGUUUUUUGUUUUCCUUGCAUACACUGCUAUUUAGCUCCUUGAAUGUGUGACUGCAAGUGAUUGCAACGUGUUUUCGAUGUUUAUUUUGCGUUAUGUUGGUAUCAUUGAUAUUCACCGAUGAAUAGGUGACCCAAAAAAGUAGGAUUUCGUUAAGGAUGACAUGACGGAGGGAUCCAGAAUUGGUUUUAAGAAAGAGAGGCUCUGUAUUGAAUGGACGCCCCUCCUCUGAUGCACAAUGGUUUAGGUUAAAAGAAAAGGAACACAGGGCCGGCACAAUGAAGUUACAUGCUGCAUUGUUACAUAAACCCAGGAGGACAGAGGGCAAGGCUUGAUGAACGAGGAAACAACAGAGUGGGAUUGUGUAGGAGGGAUGCAGCAGGAACAAGAUGUCCUGACUUUUAAAUGUAAAAAAGUGCCUAGGCUCAGAUUUCCCUCGUUUAUUUUAGAGCCCUUGCUGGAGACCACUACAGUCCCGCGGGAGUGAGAGAAAAGAGAGAGUGCACACAGCUCCACCGGUUGCCUCUUCGUCUCUCAUUUGGUUCGCUACGUAUCUCGCAGGCAACUCUCUUUGAAGGCCGUUUAGAAUGGGCAAGCAAACAUUACUAGAUGAAUAUAAAGGUCUCCAAUUUGUUGUUGGGGGAAAAUCUGCAAAGGAAUAAUGCUGCAUUUGUGUUAAGAUCUUAGGAGUUUGGAUAAGUAGGUAAGUUAAGGUAAGGUAAGAUGAUGAAGCUCAGGUUGAGGUUGGAGGUGGCUGGGCGAUGUGUUGUUGCUUGGGGACCAAUUGAGAAUCCUUUGCUUGUGUCCAUUAUAGGGAUCGACCGAUUAUCGUCUGGGCCGAUUAUCGGCUACAAAUAUCGGUUGUCGGCCCCCUUGACUACUAAUAAUCGGUAUCGUGAUCGGCCCUGAAAAAAACAUAUCGUUCUAUCUCUAGUCCAUUUCACACACACAUCACAUCCUUUGGGUGGUCAAACUGUUCAGGGAUUAAACUGGGAUAGGGUUUAGGUUCUCCCAUCAUACAACAUACAAGACAUACCAAGCUGUUCCCAUUCAAAAGGUUUAUUUUGCAACAUAAUGGACUGUGAAUACGUUUGUCUGCAUGGAAUAGUUUUCUUAUAUUGACACUUCAAAUAUGUAUUUGAUGCAAAGCAAAAAGUUGAUAUUUCAAAGUUAUACCAGCUGCCUUGUGUUAAGAUCAGUGUAUUACUGCCACUUCUUUGUAUGAUAACAUAAAGCUUCAAUAGGCGGUGUACACUGAUCAAUAACUUCUGGCUGAUGCGCAGUGAUUGGUAACAUGGUACUGAUGUAGGUGACCUGGUUACCACCUAUAGAUUCUACUCAUGGGAUUAGUAUUAAUAUCCCUGCUCCAUUCACCCAUUUCUGUCAACGUUGAAAAUAAUUGUCUCUCCUGUUCAUCUGUGUCGACCUGCCUCUCCUGUGACUUUGUGUGUGUGCGUGUGUAGAAAGCCAAGCCAAUGCACCAUGGGGAUCUAUUUUUGGAAAUCAUUGGCCACACAACCAUCGAGAGGCACUCAGUAUCAACAGGAAGUGUGCUUGUGCACACGGUGCUCUGCUGUGUCAUCAGUACCCAUCCUUUAAAAACGGCUGUGUUCAAACGACCAGGGAGGCGGGCAUUGUCUUGGGGGUGAUCAUCUGCCACUCGUUGGCCUGAAAGGAGCUUCAUUGCAAAAGCGCCUCACUGCAUUUCGUGCUUUUUAAGAUACACCUUUUAUUUCAGUGUUCAUUCAACAUUAUUUACCAUUUGAAUGAUGUAAGCAGAGCUUUCGGUUGAAUGUAAGAUACUAGCUUAUGCCGCUACACAUUAAUUGACUGUGAUUUAUCACAAAUUCAAUAGGCUUCUAGUGUAAUUUACCUCUUCACUAUUGAUUGUUGAUUCGUUAUUUAAGGUGAAAUUCAUCACAACCAGGGAAUACUCCGUUUGACGUCUUUGUGCAAAUACCAAAUCAUAGUUGGCCGAGAGAGUUGACAGCAUGACAUUUGUACAAAAGUAAAACUAAAGGAUAGAGACCUUACACAUGAUGAUCGUAUGGAGUGUGUGCUAAAACUGAAUCAAUUGUUGUAUAUUUUUCCACAAUGCCUUAUGUGGUUUCUGUUCAUUGGUGAGGUUGACAACGAUGGUGAACUCAAGACUCUCAGAAGUCUCAGAGCCAGUUGAUCAAUCGUCUGGUUCAAAGAAAAGCCUCAUGCACUGACACAUUUCCUAUAGAAACGAGAUAUCUCUGGGUCCACUUGCAGAAUGAAUGUAAUGUUUCUGUUCUGGCACUUGUUACCGUAUGGAAGACUUAUUUAACCUUUGGGAAAAAUGUAGGUUCAAAAUACACCGACUUCCUUUGCUAAACCCAUUCAACUUUUUUCCAUGGUUAAAUAAUAUUGUGAAAAAAUGUAAAUGUUACAAAUGUUUUGGAUGACAUUGUAUUUCAACCAAAAUAUUACGCCCUUAUAUACAUACCAACUAAUGAAAUGGGGAAAAGAAAGCUCCUUUAUGGAUGCACAUACUAGCUCGCCAUAGGUAUAAAACACACUUUAUGAAGCCUAUUUAUCAAUUGAAUGUAUUUAUGUAUUUGUAAUUGUUUGUGUGCUAUGGCAGAAGAAACUAUUGAACUAAGCACAUUUUUCAACCGUUUAAAAUAAUUACUGCUGAAAUAUUUACUUCAAACUAUUUUGUUAAUGAAAGUUUGUAUUAUUAUAUAACCAAGAUCGAUACAAAGUUUAAAUCAAGGGUUUUACAUAAUAUACAUCAAGUACACAGGGUUGAAGUAGGUACACAUUCAUCAUAUAUGUCAAUACAAAUUGUGAUCCAAUGGUAAAAAUUUAAAAACCUCUGCCUUUUUAAAAUUGGAUUUGAGAACAUAUUACAUUUACAUUUAGCAGACACUUCUAUCCAAAGCAACUUACAAUAAGUACAUUUGUCAAUAGAAAGAGAAACAAUAUUAGUGUCUGUACUAAUAUAUAUAUAUAUAUAUUAAUUACGGUAAUAUCUUAUAUAUAUAUUAAUGCCGUAAGCAUGAUAAAUGACAAGCUAAUGUGAUGAAUGUGUAUAAUUUACCUCAACUCCAAAUUAGAUUGCAAUGUUUAUUUUUAAAAGUUCUUGCUUUCAUAUCUUGCUUACCAUGUAGUAAACAAUUUAUGUUUUUUCCAAAGUUUAUGUGCAAUCCUCUUUGUGUAUCCUUUACUUGAGCACAGAUAUAUAAUGUAUGACAGUAGUAAAUGUUUCAGGGCAACAUUUUCAUGUACGCCUUUGUCUGUUUUGUAAGGCAAAACUCAAAUAAAUACAUUGAAACUUC